AAUCCUCUCUCAUAACGGCUCCGGAGAGCGCGCGGAACUCUCACUCUCCAGGACCAGGUGGCGCCACUCUUGCUAACCCUUUCCCCUUAAAUUUUGGCCUUGCCACUAUGUUCGAACUUCUUUCCUCCUCACCGCUUCUAUGGGAUAUCACCUAUCGAUAUCUUCGCAUGCAACACCUAGCGAAAAUUCGAGCGACCAUGGCCGGAGAAUUAUUCGCAAACAUCGAAGAGUUAUACGUUUCCGUAAAACUGCUGGCCUUCCCGGACAUUACGGUGCCUAGGAUCUUGCAGCGCCCAACGUAGGCUUACACCCACUGAUCGGAUAUUCUCUCAGCUGCUCCCCGUUCCGGACUCGGAUCGCGUAAAAGUAGCGGGCGAUCUCGUCAUCGAGGCCCGUCUUCAAGACUCGCACCAUUUCGGGCUCAUCCAAAGGUGUGGUGAGUCUAGCCGCCAGCCUGCGCAUCGCUCUAAAGUACUCUUCCACAGAUUCGCCAGAUUGUUGUCGUCGCUCAUGCAAGGUGCGUAGCCGCUCGAACUCGCCACACACUGCUCGGAACCGGGACACCAAAUCCUCGUCCUUCAAAUCCUCCCAUACUUCCGGAGGCCGUUCUCGGACAAAUUGCCAAUACCACUCCGCCGCUUGUCCUUUGACGAGAUGGUGAAAGUUGUCAAGGACCUCGUCCCACGACCGUCGGUUCUGCCUACGGAGGAACUCGACCCUGAACACGAAGCCCUGCACCGUCAUCUUAUUUGGGUCUCCAUCUCCGUCGAGGUGGAUUUCCCAUAUGUCGACACGUCCCCAUCUCGCUCCUCUCCAAUCAUCUCUCCUUUCAAAUGGUGGCACCUGGAUCCAGGUCCGCAUCGCCUAUUCCUCGGCGCCAGUUCUGGCUCAACCUCGCCGGCUUCCUUGGAUGCGACUGGGAAUUCCAUGCGUCAUCGUCCUUGGACCUUUUUGGAAUGGUCCCUGUGUUCGGCUUCUGCCUGAGGUCUUGGAUCAAUUCCACGUUCUGGCGCAGAGGCGCCAUCACCUCUGUUAUGGCCCCCAUCAGCUCCAUAAAGCCGCGACGGAUCUCCUCCUGCAGCGUCUUACUCAGGGUAUCUGCCAUGCUGCCUCUCCACGUCUCUUGUGCUUGCGCUAUGGCGACAUUUACUCCUGAGAGAAUCUCGGAGGGCAGUGCGUUGGAUUGGCCUGGCAAAUUCCAGCUGUCGUCUCCACGCCCCUCAGCGCCCUGUGUGUCACCGCCUUGCAUCUGUCCUUGGAGGUUACCUGGUGGAGGAGUCCUGCGGGUCAUUUUCUGUUUAGACCGCAAGUUAACAAUCGCCUAAACACUACCUAUAACGCUAACUCACUGAUCUUCAGCACAAAAACACUUAAUACGGCAAAACAAUAAUAAGGGGGAAAGGAACCACAACUACUACUAGGGCCAACUCCGCACAUUCCUGUCCAACGUCUAGAACUUUGCGAGCGCUAUUGACUAAUCUUAUCUUCCUUGGAAGAUUAAGAGUCAAGGGCGCUCACUUCCCUACAGUCGCUGUUUCCGCCUACUUCCCUACUGAAUGCCCGUUGCGGGAUGUUGUAGCUGCUCCGAGUGCAACGCGUGGCCGACUUCUGUCCCCACGGGCCACUCAGAACAAAAAUCUCAUUGAGAAUCUACCCUCCCGACUGCAUCCAGCGGUAAGCAGAGGAAGCGAAAAACAGAAAUCUUUCUGUCCAUAUCCUAAUUUCGGGUAUUUCUUUUUUCUUCUUCAAGUUCUCAUUUUGCACACCAGGCACCGGGCCGGUUGCUAACUGGCUUGUGGGUUCUCCUCUGCCAGUGCCAAACCAAAUCCCCUCUUGAGAUUUCCUGCUUCCCGUUGUCAGAUAAGUGCCGAAUCAUUAAACACCAAAAAAAAACUUUUUACUUUGUGGAUUUUCUUUGCAUCCUCAGAUCCCUCAGCGCCGUGCUUCUGUGAGCCAACUCGUCGGGUCCCUCACAGGCCACCGGAACACCGAUGGACCCCAGAUUGCAAAAUACCACUCGAGAUCUAUCUUCUCUGCUGGAUAUUUAUACUUUCUUCGACGUCUGUGUGAUUCGCAUCCGUACUCUUCCUCUUUGAUGGUAGAGCCAGGACUGCGAGUCCACUUCCCUGUCUCAGAUUGGGCGCCAUUAUUGUUACGAACCUUUGUUUUCUUCGGGGCAAGGCCGGCUAGCUAGUCAUCCCAGGGCUGGGUACUUCCCAAGCCCUCAGGUCGCACAAUAUACCAACUAAUUGGACAUCUCGAACAAAUUGAAACAACAAAAGUAACCGACAAAAAAAAACUGCAAACGGACUCUACUCGACAAACAACAUUACAGUAACUUCC